AUGGGACGGCGUCUAGCUCAGCUGACUGAAGAUGCGCUCCUAGAAGGUGGACGAUCUGCACAUCGCAACUUUGAGCAGGCAGGUUUCUCGGAAGAACUGAAAAAUGAGCUCGCAGAGCGUAUUGCUGCUUCAUCAUUCAGGAGUCAGUAUGCUGCUGCUCAUUCUAUAGUCGAAAUGCCCGCUGGCGCAGGACAAGGCACACGAGAGCAAGCCGCCGCUCCAGCAUGGACAGGAGUAGAGCGCGUCGAGGACACGACUCUGCGCAUGCUAGAUGACGCGAGCAAACCAAUCCGAAUGCCCUACAAAAUCCCCGAUCCUGUGAACCUCAAACCCGCCCCGAAGCCCAAAAAGUCUCGUGGAGAUCGACUUGCUGAGGCUAAAGACCGUACUUCUACCUACAAAUUGAGUCAGGCCCCUGGGUUCUCUGAAGAAGAGCGCGAGGAUAUGCGCCGUCAGAUGAGAGAAAACUUGAUGCCCGGGGCUCAUUCUAUGCCAAUCUCGGUUACGGGUCUUUCGUCGCUGGCAGAUGAGCGAAUCGCAGAUGCCAUUGCGCGUGGACAAUUUAAGAAGAUCCCUCGUGGGAAAGGCGUAAAUACAACUCCAGAUCACAAUGCCAGCAGCGCAUUCAUCGAUACAACCGAAUAUUUUAUGAAUAAGAUCAUCCAACAGCAGGAAAUUGUGCCGCCAUGGAUCGAGAAGCAACAGCAGCUCGGUUUGGAGCUUAAUCGAUUCCGCGGACGUCUUCGAGCAGACUGGCGGAGACAUGCUGCGAUGUUAAUUGCGAGUAAGGGUGGUUCCUUGGACGUACAAAUGAAGCGGGCAAAAGCCUAUGCUGCAGCUGAGGCUCGGUUGGCAGACAAAGAAAAGUUGGAGGCUUCUCUUGGACAAGAAGAUACAUCCGUCUCUGAGAUCAACACUGAUGGUCGGAUAGUCUCCAAGUCGGAGACUUCCCAAUCACCUGCGAUCAAGAAUGACAGCGAUGAAACUUCGGAAGAUCUAGCACAUCUCCCACCAUUGCGAGACCCCGGCUACCUCGCAAUCGAGCGUUCAUAUCACGAACUCGCGGUGAAACAAAUCAACUCUCUCGCACGCACAUACAACCUCCAAGCUCCAGCCUCCGCCCACAAACCAUAUAUCAAUCUUGAGCGAGAGCUCAAGGCAUGUUAUGCCGCGGUAGCACCUGAGCUAGCAGACGAAAUUAAGCGUCGAGCGACAGAGCGUGCGCGUCCAUCAUCAGUCGUUCCGCCGGUUCCUUCCAACAAGUUUGGGCCACUAGGCAUGGCGCAGACUGUACAGGUUCAUGAAGAAGAUCAGGCAAAGGGAUACGGCAUGAAAGAGCUGUGGCGCGAUUUAUUCACUAAAUCCUGA